CCCAAUUCCGCGCGCUAUAGUAAUUUUUUGCUAUUACACCAUUUGGUUCACCAUUUACUUCAUUCCACCGAUUUGCUAUUACGCUCAUAUUCCCUCAGAUGCUGUAAUAGGUUCCGGGGUGAGGGCACUGAAUUGCUAUUCAAAACUAGAGGCGUAAAAUUUAUCCCCAAAAUAGCCUGCUUUCUUCUCCCUUGCUCCAGAUUUCUUCCAACAUUUUUUCCCAAAUCAACAGCACGUUCGCCCUUCAUCUUUAUCUCCGGUUUUGGAUCGCGGGGAGGAGAUUGAACUUCUAGUGAACUACUCCUCCACUUGAUAAAAGGAGCAUAGAAGAGGAGACUAUUUGGAUACAUAAUCAACUUGUAAUGAAUUCAUAUAUAUUGUUGUGCAAGAAAAUAAUUGAAGAAAGAUCUGUAAAGGUAUUUGUUCUACUGAACAAAAUUAAGAAGGAAGAUAUUAUGAGGUUCCUAGAAUUGCAUCAUGUGGAGAAGUUUGAUGUUCCAUUUAUUGCCAUGUAUCGGAAGGAGCAAUGUCUGAGUCUACUGGAUGAUUUUGAGCAAAAUGAGGCUGAGAAUGAAGAUAAUGAUGAUGUUGGACAAGCAAGGCAAUUGAAGUGGCAUAAGGUACUUUGGAUUAUAAAAGAAUUAGACAUGUGGUUGCUCUUUCAGAAGCGUAAGAGUGUGCUUCAGAUGCAGCAAAAGAAAAUUUAUGAUGAGGAAUGUCUGAAGAUUGAUAACAGUGAAAAGUAUACUUUGAAUAAGCAGUUAUUCGAAUCAAUAUCAAAGUCUCUCAAUGAAGCUGAAACGAAGGAAGAGAUUGAUGACAUGGAUGCAAAGUAUACUUUGAAUAAGCUGUUAUCUAGGUUCAACAUAAUCUGCACCAUCUACAAUUUAUGUUUUUUGGAUUCAUUCGAUUGUAGGUGUUGAGUAGUAUAUGUAUGAUGUAUCUAGUGUAGGUCUAUUCAUUAUUUUUGAGAUUUUUAUAUACAAAAUUCUUAAAA